AUGUUACAUGAAAAGGAUAGUGCGGUGAAACAAUCACUUACCGAUUCCAGAAUUGAUAUCGAAAAUAGUGAGAUUCUUGAUAUGAUGGAUACGGUAGAGGAGAAGAAGUCAUUAUUUUCAUUUCAUCCAUGUGGUUCAGAUCCGGUAUAUAAGGCAUAUUUUAUACAUAUGAAUGCUGGUCGUUUAAAGACAUCUUUGGCAUGUCUUCUUGGUUUAACAAUAAUUGAAACAAUAAUUACGAUAUUAUCAAAUAUUUGGUCUGUUGCUAUUGUAUUAAUUCUUGUUGAUGCAUUCAUUGCUGCAUUACUGUUAUGGCGAUGGCGUAAUUCAUUCCUGUUAUCAUGGAUUGUUGUUGCAUGUAGUAUUAUGGUAUUAAUUGUUACACCAUUGAUUAAAUUAUUCUGUUUUUCACUUCUACUCCUAUUCCUAUGCUAUACUUUAUUACCACUUGAAUUAAUCCAUUCUCUGCUGGCAGCUAUGCUUAUCACUGUUACAACAAUUGUCAUUUGUUAUUUGAAUUUAACAAAUAUGAAAGAAGGAUUAAUCGAAAUUGUUCUAUUGAUUACAAUGAAUCUUAUUGGCUUAUUUGUUUACUAUCCGACGGAAUUUGUACAACGAAAAACUUUUCAUGAAACAAGGAAAUGUGUGGAACGGCGAAUUUUAUUAUUACGAGAAAAUAUCAAACAGGAAGAUAUAUUAUUAUCGGUACUUCCUCGACAUAUAGCAAAUGAUGUCCGGAAAGAUCGAGCUGUAGAAGAACAAUCCGCAACAAUGUUUCAUAAAAUUUAUAUACGGAAACAUGAUGUUAUCAGCAUACUAUUUGCGGAUAUUUGUGGUUUUACCAAUUUGGCAUCAGAAUGUAAUGCGGAUGAAUUAGUGCAAUUGCUGAAUAAUCUGUUUGCUCGUUUUGAUCAUUUAGCACAUCGUAAUCAUUGUAUGAGAAUUAAAAUUCUUGGUGAUUGUUACUAUUGUGUUUCCGGUUUACCGGAUUAUCAACCAAAUCAUGCGCAAUGCGCUGUUGAAAUGGGACUUGAAAUGAUUGAAGUGAUUAAAUUAGUACGAGAAAUAACCGGCGUUAAUGUAAACAUGCGGGUUGGUAUUCAUACCGGUCGAGCUCAUUGCGGUGUACUUGGCCUGAAAAAAUGGCAGUUUGAUGUAUGGAGCGAUGAUGUUACUUUAGCAAAUCAUAUGGAAAGCGGUGGAUUACCCGGACGUAUUCAUAUAACUGAUGCAACGUUGAAAUGUUUGGAUGAUAUUUAUGAAAUUGAGGAAGGUCAUGGUGAACAACGUUCAAAAUAUCUGGCUGAACAUAAAGUUAAGACAUAUUUCAUCGUUGAUAAUGGUACUAAUCAUACGGAAAGAGAUAUUCCACUUGGUGAGAAUGGCCUUCGAGUAACUGGUUACAGUCAUGAAAAUCCACAAGUAAGACAUCGGGAAACUACAACUAAUAGGCGAUCAAUAUCACAUUAUGAACAACAUAAUAAGCAAUCUGUGGAUGUUGAAGUUGUAAAUUAUUUAAUGCAAGGUAUUCGAGCGAUCAGUAAAGAUGCAUGGAAAAAUACAUAUUGCAAAACAGUUACAUUAAAAUUUCGGCGUAGAAAAAUGGAAGCUAAGCGUUGUUGCCGAUACAAGAUGUAUAAAAAUAGCUUUCUAAGGUUUUUUGCGAUAUUUAUACUUCUAUCAUCUGCUAUAUGCUUGUUCUUCAGUCGUUCUACUGGUGUUUUACUAUUACUUCUAUCAGUUUGUAUAUUCAAUUCAUUUCUUGCAUUGGAAAAAAUAUUGGUCUCAUUGAUGCUUUGUUUAGUUAUACUAUUUCUUAUAUGGUUAACUGAAUUUCCUAAUCAUAGCAUCUAUCAGUUCACAUUCUGGAAGAAUCAGAAUUAUUUCGAUCCAAAUAUUUCAUUCGUUGAACAAAUGGAAAUGCUCUGCAGCCAAAUGAACCUAUGGGACGAUUUACGAUUGUUUUUCACUUUAGUCAUCAUAUUUGCAUUUAUCUUAAUUGUGAUUCAAAGUCGUCGAUCAGAAUUGAUCGCUCGAUUUGAUUUUAUUUGGAAGCUUCAGGCUUUAGAUGAAGGACGAGAAAUGGAAAAAAGGCAUGCACAAAAUCGAGCCGUUUUAGAAAAUAUUUUACCGGCGCAUAUUGCCGAAUAUUUUCUAAAAGAAAAUGAAGGGACUGAAUUAUAUUCAGAAGCACGUGAUAAUGCUGCAAUUGUAUUCAUUACAAUAACAGAAUUUGAUAAAUUUUAUAUGGAAUUGGAUGCUAAUAAUGAGGGCGUCGAAUGUUUACGACUUCUUAAUGAAAUUAUCGCUGACUUUGAUAUGCAACUUAGUCGUGAGGAAUUUAAAUGUAUUGAAAAGAUUAAAACAAUUUCGACGACAUAUAUGGCAGCUUCGGGAUUAUUUGGUAAAGUAACCGAUCAUUCGCAUGUUGUCGCUGUCGCAUUAUUUGCUAUUCGUCUUUUAGCUCUUAUACAACAUAUCAAUGAACAUUCGUUUAAUAAUUUCAAUCUUAGGAUAGGUAUCAAUGUUGGUCCGGUAGUAGCAGGUGUUAUUGGUGUGAAAAAACCACAUUAUGAUAUUUGGGGUAAUUCGGUUAAUGUUGCCAGUAGAAUGGAUAGUUCUGGUGUAGCGGGCAAAAUACAAAUAACGGAAGAAACGAAAAAUAUCUUGGAAAAAGAAGGCUUUGAAUUUGAAUGUCGUGGUAUAAUUAAUGUAAAGGGUAAAGGUGAUAUGAAGACAUACUUCAUCAAAGUAUCAGAAGAAGACUUAAAUCUUGAUUUCAAUAAGAUUUGA